CAACGCUUUUCUAACUUUCCCGUCAGCCGUGCGUGCGAUCGCACGCGCGUGUGGAUGCGUGCUUCACCCUCUGCUUCACUUGACAGCCUCCAGCCACAACAAAAGCAGCAGGCAGCGUGUUUUCCCGCCACAUCAAAAUUGUGUUUAUUUUGAAUUAAAGUAAACAAUAUUUAAUCCAAGAACACCAUGGGAAUUUUAGGGCUAUCUAAGCUGAUUGCUGACAUAGCACCAGCGGCUGUCAAAGAAAAUGAAAUCAAGAAUUACUUUGGUAGAAAAGUGGCUAUUGAUGCGUCUAUGAGCUUGUACCAAUUCCUUAUAGCUGUCAGAAGUGAGGGUGCCCAAUUAACGGAUUCUGCUGGAGAAACUACAAGUCAUUUGAUGGGAACCUUUUAUCGCACAAUACGCCUUGUUGAGAACGGCAUCAAACCAGUGUAUGUAUUCGAUGGGAAACCUCCAGAAAUGAAGUCUGGAGAGCUAAAUAAACGAGCUGAAAGACGUGAGGAAGCUCAAAAGGCCCUCCAACAAGCUGAGGAAGCUGGUGAUGCUGAAAAUAUUGACAAGUUUAACCGAAGGUUGGUGAAAGUAACAAAACACCACGGUGAGCAGUGUAAAACACUUCUGAAGCUCAUGGGCGUCCCAUUCAUUGAUGCACCCUGUGAAGCUGAAGCUCAGUGUGCUGCCAUGGUGAAAUCAGGAAAGAUAUAUGCAACAGCCACUGAGGAUAUGGAUGCUUUGACAUUUGGAUCAUCUGUCCUACUGAGGCACAUGACAUUCAGUGAGGCUCGAAAAAUGCCAAUUCAAGAGUUCCACCUAAGCCGAGUAUUAGAAGAGCUUGAGCUGUCUCAGGAUGAAUUCAUAGAUUUGUGUAUCUUGCUUGGAUGCGAUUACUGUGACAGCAUUAGGGGUAUUGGUCCUAAAAGGGCCAUUGACUUGAUAAAACAGCAUAGAAAUAUAGAGACAAUCCUCAAAAAUUUGGACAAAAAUAAAUAUCCAGUUUCAGAAGACUGGCCUUAUAAAGAAGCUCGAAGACUGUUCAUCACUCCUGAAGUUGCAGAUCCUGAAACAGUAGAAAUGAAAUGGACAGAACCUGAUGAGGAAGGUCUCGUCAAAUAUUUGUGUGGUGACAAAAACUUCAAUGAAGACAGAGUGAGAAACGGUGCCAAAAAACUUGCCAAGGCACGUUCAGGUACAACACAAGGGCGUUUAGAUUCUUUCUUCAAAGUUUUACCAAGUGCAAACCCAGGACAAAAGAGAAAGUCUGAAGAUAGCAAAGCAGCUACUACUAAGAAAGGAAAGAAAGGUGGUGGUGGUUUUAGAGGAAGACCCAAGUAGAAAGCCAAGAAGCUUGCAGUGGUUCAUUUAUGAGAAAUAUUCUUAUAAAUUUUGUGU